AUGCACAUCCUCGUGAUCAACGACGACGGGCCCCCCCGCUCCUGGAUCGGCAAGGCGCACAUGAUCGGCCAGACGCUGAAGCCGACCUACUACCGGCCGCCGCCGGCCUCGUCCCCUCCCGCGGGCCUGGGCGGCCCCGAAGACGACCUCGGCACGACGCACAGCAGGCCCUCGGCGGACGGGGCCGUGGAGGAGUGGGUGCUGGUCGACGGGACGCCGGCCAGCUGCGCGCAGAUCGGGCUGCACCACUUCUUCGGGGACCGGGGCCCCGUGGACCUGGUCCUGUCCGGCCCCAACUACGGCCGCAACACCACCGCCGUCUUCGCGCUGAGCAGCGGCACCCUGGGCGGGGCGCUCGAGGCCGCCGCGUGCGGGUACAGGUCCAUCGCGCUGUCGUACGCCUUCUUCACGCGGAACCACGACCCGGAGAUAGUCGGCGCCGCGAGCAGGCACGCCGUGCGCGUCGUCGAGGCCCUGGCGCGGCAGUGGCCCGCCGACGGCAGCGCCGACGUGUACAGCGUCAACGUGCCGCUGGUCGAGGGCGUCGAGCAGCGCAGGACGGUGUGGGCCGGCCUGCUGCAGAACUACUGGAUCAAGGGGAACAGCGCCUUCGAGGCCGUGGACGCGGACGGGGCCGACGGCGAGGACGAGGAGGAGGAGAAGAUCCGCGAGGGCGCCAAUGGCGAGGCCGCGAGGCCGCGGGUCGACGGUGUGGCCGAAGGCGGGAGUGGCAAGAAGGGCCACGACCACAAGCAUUUCAAGUGGGCGCCCAAGCUGGCGGACGUCAUGAAGGCCGUGGAUGGCGCGCCUGCCGAUUGUGACGGGCGGGUCAUCAGGGACGGCCACACGAGUGUGACGGCAUUGAAGGCCAACUUCCUGCACGCCGCGGAGAGCCUGCAAGGGCAGGAUCUGAAGCUGGAUGAGCGUGAGGCUACAACAGAACUUCCCCUCAGGACAGCGGGGACAUUUGGGCCAAAGACGGCAACCAAGGCUAAGGAGGAGUCCCAGCCAGCAGUCCCAGCAGCCGCGGACUCGGGGGAGCAAGUGUUCGCGAUCGUCGACUACGAGGAUGCCUACGUACAGCCGAUCAUCACCUCGGCCCUGCAGUCCCACAUCCCGUCCGGCCGGCUACGCCUCCUCUCCCCGGACCCGUCCCGGAGCCUGACGGAGCAGGUGCCCAAGGGUGCCAAGGUGCUCCAAAUACGGGCGUACGAGUCCAUCGACUUCGACCACGCAUCCACAAACCCGGGCACGUCGCUCAUCAACAGCUACGUCAUCCGCAAGGCCCUGAUCAGGAAGCACUUCCUGUCAACGACGGUCGACCAUUGGGUCGCCAAGAACCCGGCGUCGCCCCUGAGGGGCCACGUCAAGGCCAGCGAGCCGUUCGAGGUCGACUACGCCGAGUUCCUAGACGACGCACUGGACGAGACGUUCGACCUACGGGCCAGCUUAGAGCGCAACGGCGGGGGCGGUGGUGAUUCCUUGAGUGCGGAGGAGAGGGAGUGGUGGAUUCUCAAGCCGAGCAUGAGCGACCGCGGGCAAGGCAUCCGGCUGUUCUCGACCAUGGAGGAGCUCCAGGCGAUCUUCGACGGGUGGGAGGCCGAGGAGCCGUCAUCCUCCGACGAAGAUAACGAAGACGGGGACGACGGCGACAGGGCUGGUGCUUACGGAGGCGACGACAGAGAUGGCAUCACGACGUCGCACCUCCGCCACUUCGUCGCGCAGCCGUACAUCCACCCGCCGCUCCUGCUACCCGAGUGCGGCAACCGCAAGUUCCACAUCCGCGCGUACGUUCUUUGCGUGGGCGCGCUCAAGGUCUACGUGAGCCGCUCGAUGCUGGCCCUGUUCGCGGGGCGGGCGUACUCUGCUCCGUGGGAGAAGAAGAACGACGGCGAAGAUGGGGACGACCAGGAUGAAGGCUACCUCGACGCACACCUCACCAACACGUGCAUUCAGGGCCCCAAGGCGGACGCGGGCUCGGUGCGGCGCUUCUGGGACGUGCCGGGCCUGACGGUCGAGGCCAAGGACGACGUCUUCGCGCAGGUGUGCUCCGUCACGGGCGAGGUGUUCGAGGCCGCCGCCAAGGCCAUGAUGGUGCACUUCCAGCCGCUGGGGUUCGCGUUCGAGGUGUUCGGGCUGGACUUCCUCGUGGACGCCGCAGGGCGCGCGUGGCUGCUGGAGGUCAACGCGUUCCCGGACUUCAAGCAGACCGGGGACGACCUGCGGGACGUCGUGGCUGAGCUCUGGCAGGGGGCGGUGAGCAGGGGCGUCGCCCCGUUUGUGGGAGUGGAGAGUGGUAGCGGCAGUGGGAAGGAGGACGGGAUGGUGCUGGUUCGGGAUGUUGACCUGGGAAGGAGGUGA